AUCAAAGAAGAGGCGGUGUAUAAUUGUUCCUUAGAACGAAGCAGCUUUGGAACCCUAAAAGGGUACUCCACUUUGUAUCGGCGUAAGACUCUUCAGGUGGCUGUCUCUGCAAACUGCAAUUCCUUCCUUUACAUCGGAUUCGUGUACAAAUUCUACCCAGAAAAAAACCCUAGAUCAAAAAUCGUAUAAACCAUGGAUGAUAGCUGUGCGGUUUGCGCUGAGACACUUGAAUGGGUUGCCUAUGGAGCUUGCGGUCACAAGGAUGUCUGCUCUACCUGUGUCGCUCGUCUUCGAUUCAUCUGCAACGAUCGCCGUUGUUGUAUUUGCAAGACCGAGGCUACCGUUGUCUUUGUCACCAAGGCUCUAGGAGAUUAUACAAGGAUGAUUAGUGACUUUACGGUAUUUCCGUAUGAACCAAAAGAAGGUCGAAUUGGUUCUUAUUGGUAUCACGAGGACACCCAGGCUUUCUUUGAUGAUUUAGACCACUACAAGAUGAUCAGGGCAAUGUGCAGGCUUUCUUGUAGUAUGUGUGAUAAGAUGGAGGGGCCGGAUGGUGAUGGCAUGAAGAAAAGAGCGAGGUUCAGAAAUAUUGAGCAGUUAAAAGGUCAUUUAUUCCACCAGCACAAGUUGCUCAUGUGCAGCUUGUGUUUGGAAGGAAGGAAGGUAUUUAUCUGUGAGCAGAAACUGUACACAAGGGCGCAGCUGAAUCAGCAUAUAGACACAGGUGAUUCUGAGGUUGAUGGUACUGAAAGUGAAAGAGGUGGAUUCAUGGGUCAUCCUCUUUGUGAAUUCUGUAGGACCCCAUUUUAUGGGGAUAAUGAGCUGUAUUCUCAUAUGUCGACCGAACAUUAUACUUGUCAUAUAUGCCAGAGGCAGCAUCCUGGACAAUAUGAAUACUACAAGAAUUAUGAUGACCUAGAGAUCCACUUCCGCAGUAAUCAUUUCUUGUGCGAGGAUGAGAGCUGUCUUGCAAAAAAGUUUGUUGUUUUCCAAUCUGAAACUGAGUUGAAGAGGCACAAUACUCUAGAGCACGGAGGUCGUAUGUCGCGUUCCCAACGAAGUGCUGCCUUGCAGAUACCAACAAGUUUUCGAUAUCGCCGCAGUAAUGAACAGGAUAGUCGUCGAAGGGGACGAUCUUUUAGGCGUGAUAACUCUGAGAAUGAACUCGUCAUGGCCAUUCAAGCCAGUUUAGAGGCUGCUAAUGCAGAUGGAAGACCGCAUGAUACGUCAAGCAAUAGGAGGGUAGUUUCUGAUCACAUGGAAACAAAUGAUGAAGAUUUCCUUAUUGCAUCCUUUGAAUCUUUGGCUACAGAUUCUGUUGAGCCAGCUUCAAGAUAUCGUCAAGCUGUGUCUCAAGCUUCCGGAAAUUCACAGCUUCAAGAGUCUUCAUUUCCUCCCCUUGCUGUGCCUGUGCCUCCUGCUAAUAAUCAACCAAGGCCUCAGUCUGAUGCUUUACCUAAAAACACUAUGGCAUCCCGUCUGCGCGGAAAGCAAAACAAAACUACAAAGCCUUCUAGUUCAUCUCCAGCAUGGCCAGCAACCGGUCACACACCCCCGGUAAUUGGUCAUCAGCGUGCCUGGCCCGUGGUAAGUAGUGCUUCUGGGUCUUCGUCUAGUUCCAGGCAUAGUAAGGCAGCAACUGACAACCCUUCUGCACCAGUAAUUACCCGUCAGCAUGCUUGGCCUGCUGUUAGCGGCACUAUUGGAUCAUCAUCAGGCUCUAGCCAGAUUAAGCCGCCAUCAUCUAGUUCCAGGUAUAGUAAGGCAUCAACUGACGACCCUUCUGCACCAGUAAUUACCCGUGAGCAUGCUUGGCCUGCUGUAAAUGGCGCUACUGGAUCCACAUCAGGCUCUAGCCAGAUCAAGCCGUCAACAGUAGAUGGGCCUCCACCAUCUAGUUAUUUAAGUUCUGUUGCUGCUCGAUCUUCAUUAGUUCAUGAAGCUUGUUCUAGUUCCGUUGGUUCGUCUUGGUCCCAGAGCAAUAGAAUUAGCCAUUCCACAUCAGCCCCAAACCUUGUUCAGAGUGGUUCUUUUGACUCUUCUGCCUCUGAUUUUCCUCCAGUCUCUGCUGCGCAGACUCGCAAACUUCCUGCAAGUGGCCAGCAGGCAGUCACGAAUGUGGAAGAUGUUCAGACUGCAAAUAAAUCUUUGGUAGAAAGGAUGCGUCUUGCUCUACAAUUUGAUCAAGACAAAUUCGCUGCAUUUAAGGACAUCUCCGCAGAAUAUCGUCAAGGUUUAAUGGAUGCUGAGACGUAUCUGGCAUAUGUCGAGCAGUUUGGCUUGUCACACCUCAUUCUUGAGUUGGCUAGACUAUGCCCUGACGCAGAGAGGCAAAAAGAACUAGUUAACACCUUUAAUGCUAAUUUAGGAGGCACCAUCCCUAUACAGAAUUUUCAAAGUGGUGGCAAUCAGUUGAAAGAUGGUAACAGUUCUAAGAAAGGUAAAGGUAAGUCAUUAGAUGCUGGAAAUAACACUUCAAAGGGUAACAUGGCUGAUAAUAUUAUAAGUACUGUUAGGAAAUUGCAGUCCAGCCACAAGAUUCCUGAAGAUGAUGUGGAAGUGUUGUCAAAAGAUGGGUAUCGUUCUACUAAAGGUAAAUCAAAAUUGACUCUGAGUGAAUCAGAAGAACUGAACUCCCGAGGUGAAUCUUUAAAGCUACAAGCCCGGCAGAAUGGUUUGUCUGCCAGAGAUGAGUCAAAUCACAGUUCAGGGAAUAACGAUGGGAAAAGCAAGCAGCGGAAGAAAACCUCAAAGUUUUACAGAGUUCGCUUAGGUGAUGGAUCUGUUGAAACACUUUUAAAUCUCAAAAGUUCAGACCCUGAUGUGGAUCCAGAUCGAAAAGAGAUAUCAGAUGAGCAAAGUGACCCUCCUGAAGGUUUGCCUGUGCGUGGUGUUUGGAGAAAUGGAGGAGGUCAUAAGCUUGUGGCAAUGACUUCAAAAGGUCCGAAAAAGUGAUGCAACAGGAGGAAGCGUGCAACUUUUUGGCUUGUAGGGUAAGCUUCGGAUUUCCUCUCCUUUGAACAUAUUCUUUUGAUAUUGACGCCAGGUGGCAGACAUUUUCAGUUGCUCUUUUGGUGAAAUGUGUCAAGGAUGGUCUUGAUAGUGGAGCAACUUUACCAUCUGGCUUAUCUAUGUUUUGUUAAGGUUCCAGCACCUGGAAGCCUAGAUAUAUAUGGUUUUCAGACACAGCAGUCCUGCAAUAUCCGGGCUGUGGUAUUUUUUGGUUUCUUUUUUAGUUCCUUUCUAUUCUGCGUCAAAUAUAUGCUAGUGGGAGGGGUUGACACCCCUAAAGAUGUUCCCUGAAAGAUUGGUUCUUUUUUUAACUGUAUAUUGACACACUAAAUACAACGAUAAAGUGGUUUUGCUGAUCA